AUGGCUGACAAGGGGCAAGCAGAUCUUGUUAUGGAAUUAGCAGACGGAUCGUCAAAUGCUAGUAGUGGGGGAGCCGAGAUCCUAAUUCAAGGACCAGAAGGAAUAGAGAUAGAGGUCGAUGCUAGGUUGUCUUUCUCCACAACUAACAAUGAAGCAGAAUAUGAGGCCUUGAUCCUAGGACUAGAGUUAGUCUACGAAGCUGGAGCAAAAAUCUUGGAGUUAUAUACGGACUCACAACUCAUAGCAAUGCAAAUUGAGGGAAGCUAUGAAACUAAAGAAAAGUCCAUGACAAUGUAUCUUAAAAAGGCCAAAUCAUUGAUGCAGCAGUUUGAUAAGUGUUCAAUUCAGCAAACCCUAAGGUGUGAAAAUGAUAGGGGCAAUUUGCUAGUGAAGUUUGGAAUUUUUUUUUAUCGAGAAUCAAAAAUCGAAAAGUUACAGUCGUGGUGA